AAAGAAAAUGACUAAUGUUUGGAAUAAAUUAACAACACAAUUAAGUACUUGGCUAGCUGAUGUCCCUCCAAAUAAAAGAAAGAAUAGAGAAGACGAGAAUAUUGAUGAAAGAAAUUGCCGUCUUCGCUCCACAAAUUCCCUUUCCACACUUAACCAAAAACAUUUAAUUAAAGCAGCAACGGCCGCAACAAGGUCAAAAAGCUCUGAAAAUUUGAAUAGAAUUAAUUUAGGGAAUAAACAAUUGCUAAUUUCUUCAAUAAAUAAUUGUGAAUUAAAUGGGGAUUAUCGUUGCCCUUGCUGUCAACAACCAACUAAUUUAUCUUCUCCUUCUGCUGCAUUUUCACAAGCUUUGAUAUUAAAUAAAACAAAUAACAGUACAACAACAACACCAAAAAAUUCUGAGAUUCCAAGCAAUGGAUUUUGUAGUGGAGGGAAAGAGAGUGGAUAUUCUAGUGCUAGUCCUAGAAGAAAAAAUUUGCACAAAACUGCCACAGUUGGUGUUGUAGGCAAUUUAACAUCAGUCACAACAUCCUCUUCUGCUUCUCAACAAUUUUUUCAAAAAUUUCGUUCUCGUGAAAAAAAUCGAGAAAAAGAUGGUAGAGACAGUUUUUAUUGCUCCUCAUCUGCUGCAACUUCUGCUGGGACUUCAACAAGCAAUAAUGCAACAAAUAAUACAAACUUAGUUGGAAAUGGUAGUGAAUGUAAUUUUAGUUGUUGCACACAGAAAAAAGGUUGGUGGCGCUCUUCAAUUCAUUCCCAUUUAACAACAACAGAAAAGGAAAACACAACAACAGAAAACGAACAAACAUUAAACGACCAACAACAGCAAAACAUUCAUUUUAGACGUCCAUCAGAACCGACAAUUUCAAACGAACAAAACAUUCAAAGAAAUAACCAAUUAAAUAAUUAUUCUGAUUUAACCCCAAAUUAUUUAAUUUCUCCCCCAAAAAAGAAAAUUGGGCCAAAAAAGACAAAAUCUACUUUUUCUAUUUUAUUUCCACAUAAUUUUCACCCACACCUUCCAAUGAGCUUUUCUUGGAAUAAUAAUCUAUCAAGUGCUUCUUCCCCUUCCCAUAAACCAACAAAAACAAAGAAAACACAACAACAACCGCCUCCUGAUCCAGCACCAGAAUAUUAUGAUGAAUAUAAACAAACUGUACGGGCAACAGAUGAAUUUGGGGAAUUUAUUCAACCUAAACAACAAAAUGGGGAUAUUAUUAAUUUAAUUAAUAAUAAAGAAAUGACAGAACAACAGCAAAGGAAACAUUCUAAAAGGAGAAAACAAUCUUCCUCUUCAGGGCAAAAACUAGUCAAUGCCCUUCUGUGGGGCCGUUGGCGUUCAAAUUCAAAAAAUAAAUAUUGUAGUAACAAAAUUAACGGAAAAGUAAUAGAAACAGUUGUAAUUAACAACGAACAAUAUGAAAAGUCUGGGCGGAAACAAAAACGUUCACGUUCCGUCGGGGCAAAUCAACAAAUGCGUAUAUCGACAACAAUGUGUUCCGGUGCCCUUCCAAUGGAUUCCUCAGAAAUUGUUGGAGUAAAGAAAAAUUCCUGUUGCAGUAAUGGAGAGGAAAAGCAUUCUUUAAUGUUUGGAAAUAUGUCUUUUUUCGAUGAUGUACAUCCUGCUUAUUGGGGUUUCCGUACUCCACAAAGCGAAACUUAUUAUUCGUGUACGGGUGCUACUGAAGAUGAACCUAAAUCUCCCGCCUCCUCCGGUACUUCCUCCUUUGGAAGCAAUAGAAAUUCAUUGGAUGUCUUUCGACGUCUUGAAAUGUUGGGCGAAGGCAGUUAUGCUACUGUUUGGAAAAGCGAAAAUCGGAUUGACGGGUCAAUUGUUGCUUUAAAAGAAAUUAGAUUACAAGAGCAAGAAGGACUUCCAUUUACUGCCAUCCGUGAAAUUUCUCUUUUACGCGCACUUCGACAUGCAAAUAUUGUACGUCUACAUCAAAUAAUCAUUCAACAACCAAAAGCUUUAGUACUUGUUUUUGAAUAUAUGAAAACUGAUCUCGCCAAAUAUCUCGAAAAUUAUUCUCCAAAUGGUUUGGAUCCAUUACAAACUAAAGUUCUUUUAUUUCAAUUACUUCGCGGGUUGGCUUUUUGCCAUGAAAGGAAAAUUUUACAUAGAGAUCUCAAACCCCAAAAUUUACUUCUUUCAAUAGAAGGAGAACUUAAAUUAGCAGAUUUUGGAUUGGCUAGGGCUAAAUCUGUUCCUAGUCGAACAUAUUCACAUGAUGUUGUUACUUUAUGGUAUCGACCCCCAGAUGUACUUCUCGGUUCUACUGUUUAUUCAACUUCUUUAGACAUUUGGGGUGUUGGAUGUAUUUUUGCUGAAAUGUGUAGCGGUUCUGCUUUAUUUCCUGGUGCUAAUGAGGUAUCUGAUCAACUUCACAAAAUAUUUUCUGUUCGAGGCCUUCCAAAUUUAGAAUUAUGGCCAGAAGUUGUUAAUUUACCCAAAUGGUCACUUUUUACUUUUCCAAAUACUUAUAUUGAACUUGAUUUAUUAACUUACCAGCCAGCUUUUUACAAAUUGGGUGAUGAAGGAUUAAAAUUAAUUACACAAUUAUUACAAGUAAACAAACAAAUAUUUAGAAAUCCUAUAUAUAAUUUGUGA